GCUUGUAAAAAAAAAAAAAAAAAAAACAUACAUCAACUUGAUUCGCCCGCAUCUGGCAACCCUGUUGUUGCGUUUCACAUCAAGGCGAGAUCAAAAGUGUGUGUGUGUAUAAAGGAGAGGAAGAACUAAGAGGCAGAGUAAGCCUCGUGUGUAUUAUCUGAGCGUUGUUUUGCCAACAUGUCCACGUCGUCCAGGUCGUGUUUUCUGGUGCUGGUUCUGGUGUGUGUGUAUGUGUCGUAUCUGGUGAUCGGAGCUUUAGUGUUUUCGGCACUAGAGAAGCCGCUGGAGGAGAAAGUUCAGGCCGAGCUGAAUCUUCUCAAACAGCAGCUCAUUAGUAACAUGAGCUGUAUUAACAUAUCCACAUUGGAACGGUUAUUAGAGACGCUCCUAAACGCUAACAAAUACGGAGUUUCCCUCGGGCAAAACACCUCUGAGAACUCCAACUGGGACCUGGCGUCUGCGUUGUUCUUCUCCAACACUCUAGUCACCACCAUCGGUUAUGGCCACACCACUCCACUGUCUGAUGUUGGGAAAGCAUUCUCCAUUGUGUAUGCCUUAUUCGGUGUCCCCUUCACCAUGCUGGUGCUCACGGCAUGUGUGCAGCGUCUCAUGGUGCCAUUGAACCUUAGGCCAGUGGUAUUUUGGCGUCGGCGGUUUGGCUGGCAUCCUCAAACUGCCCGCACCAUACACUUUGUCAUCCUGCUCCUGGUGAUCGUUGUCUUCUUCUUUUUGCUACCAGCUACUAUUUUCAGCAUCAUCGAGGACUCAUGGUCAUUUCUGGAGGCUUUUUAUUUCUGCUUUAUCUCACUUUGCACCAUCGGUUUAGGCGACUUUGUGCCCGGAGAGAAGCCCGAUCAGAAACUCAGACCACUCUACAAAAUCUCUGUUAUGGUCUAUCUGUUUUUAGGUUUGAUGGCAAUGUACUUUGUCCUCCGUUCUUUUCAUAAGCUGGCUGAUGUUCGGGGUUGGACAGCAUUUUUCCAUUUGCCGACCUGCGACGACGAAGGUGAAGAAGAAAAAGAUAACAUUAUUGAGGAACCUAACGAGUGUGAGACGGACACAAAGCCACUGGACCCGAGCGCUCGUGCUUCCUACAACUCCAUUAGCAGAUAGUGACCUCUGAACUGACACACUGUUUACUGAGCAGUGGAGGAUGAGGGAAGCAUAGAGUUUUAAUUUUGCAGACCAGUGCAAUGGUAACGUGUGUUGAUGCACCGUUUCUUCAUUUAUUAUUAUUUGUUGUUGUUUUUCAUUUAGAGCAGAAUUGAAGUUGUAGGGGAGUAACAAAGGACUUUUUCACAGGCUAAGUUUUUUUUUUCUUGGCUAAGGUUUUUUUUAACAUACAUUAACUGGGCCAAUUAGAUAUAUAUACUAUAUAUUUUUUUUCCUAGUAACCAAAAACUAGUGUUAAGUUUGUCUGCUAUAUAUAUUUUUUUAUUUGGCCUACUGGACAAGUACAUCCUGGGGAAAUAUUUUUUAAGCCAGAGCAAAUCGAAAUAUCAGGUAGUCGGUGUUGAGUUCUGCUUCAUAUGUUAUUUUUGUGUUCAAAAAGUUUACAAUUUAUUGCUCCUCCCUUUCUUUCUUUUCUUUUUCUUUUUUUUAAAUGAUUUUUCAUAGUCUGUUAUCCUCUUAGAGUUUUUAAAUGAAUCUUAUGAAUUAUUAAAUUGAAUUAUUUUAAUUUUA